AUGAAAAAUAUAAAUUUAAAUAAAAUUUUAUUUUUCAUAUUACUUGUAAUUAUUAUAAUAUGUAUUAAUAACAUAAAUGGAGAAGUUGAAAGUAAAGUAUGGAAAAUAAAAAGUAAACCAAUUUUCAAUAUUCCAAAUAAUUAUGCAAAUGAAUUAACAGAUAAAGAAAAUAUUUGUUUUUUAAAAGCACUUAAAUUCAUUAACCUUUAUUAUGUAUCAAGUCAAGAUAAUCCAAUUUCACAAUAUGAUAAUAUCGAUGUAAUAAGUGAUGCGUUAUUCAUAAAUGAAAAAUUAAAUAAUAUUUCAUUUUAUAAUAUAAUUGUAAGAUUUAAUGAUCGAAAAGAUAAUGUUAACAUUGCAAAUUUUUAUGUAUCACUCUCAACAAUUAAAAUUUCAAGAAUAAAUGAUAUACUUUAUCAAUAUGCUAAACAUACAAUUGUUGAAGGUUUACAAGCAAGUUUUCUUUAUUUUAAAUCUUUUAUUGAAAUUAUUGAAUAA